AUGUCGGAUAAGGCCGGGCUCAAGCCCAGAUACGGUUUGGAUUAUUCUCGCGACCCAGCAAAGGACAUUGUUGCGUUAUUUGGCUUAGACAACAAUCACCCCGCCAAGGUUCUCGCCAGGCAUAACUCGUCUUUGUUAGACGAGGCUCCGGAUCUGGUUGCCCUUGAACCAAAAAGAACCAUCUCGCUUUACGUUUCUUCUGAUCCCUGCGACAACAACGAGAAUUUGAUCAUCGACCAAGCCAUAGAUACCAAAUAUCUGACCCAAAACGAGGAGAACACGCGUGUGGACGAGAAGGAAAUGUCUUCAGAACUACUAUGGCGCAUGGCGGGUGCCAGUCCCUUUUCGUCGAUCAAAGAGUUGGUCCAGGCUGGCAAAAACACCUCACGUCUGUGGAAAGUUCCGAUGGAAGAUAACUUGUUACUAAACUACGGCAUUCGUUACAUUCCUUCUCAUGAAGCCUCUGCUCCCACCCAGCGAACCGUGAUCAUCGAGGGAUUUCCUUCCGACUCUACUCUUACAGAAGUGCUAUCUUGGGUGCGGGGUGGUCAAGUUUUCGCAGCGUCCCUGAUGAAUACCACCCCAAUCACUGGUUAUGAAAGUGCGAUGGUCACUUUUCUGACUGGAGAGAGUACUCUGCGAUUUGCGGAAAUGAUUGUCAAUGAAACCGAUACUUCACUCCCAGAGGGAGUGACUGUUCGAUUCCUGGAGACCCCUACUUAUCCGAUCUCUGGAAAACUUCAGAAGACGAUCGAAGACAAAAAGGCGACUCGCUGUCUUCUUUUGCAAGGUCGCAUUGAAGAAGCUCAUCAGGCUUUCUGGAAGCUGAAAAAGAAGCUCCCUUGUAAGCAAUAUGUCGAUUGUAUUGCCAAGAAGAAGCAGCGAGUGUUUCAUUUCCCCUCCAUCAAGCUAGCCCUGUGGGCCUACGAGGAGCUUUGCAAGGAUUCCGAAUUCGGGCCUGAAAGUGUCUGCUUCCACGCAGACCCUUGCUCUGACCCUACCACAACUUCCGCCUUUAGUAAUAGCUAG